UCUAACGUAGGACGCGCAUACUCAUGGCAGGACACAGCGGGGAGCAUUCAGAUCGAAGAACGUCUUAUCAUGCCCUAUGACCUCUGUUCUAGACUCAUCAUCGACUCGCAUAUAAAGGCCCGUCAACAAGACUGUAGGCAGCUACGCUGCUAGCCUGCUACUUUCUGUCAUGGAGGCGAAGUUAGCUACGGUGCACGACUUGGCUGACAAGUGCUUUGACUUCGUAAUAAUUGGCGGAGGGACCUCCGGGCUCUGUAUAGCGAACCGUCUCAGCGAGGACGCUCAUGUGUCUGUUGCUGUCCUCGAAUCCGGGAGAGCGCAUCUCGACGACCCAAUAAUCUAUCAUCCAACAGGAUGGCUGCAACAGGCGAUGAAUCCAGAAUACGAUUGGGCAUUCCCUCAAUCCCCGCAAAGCACUUGCGACACGAGCAGGUUUUUCUGGAAUCGUGGUAAGGGGUUGGGUGGGAGCUCCUCGAUGAAUCUCCUUCUAUGGACCAGACCUCAGCGAGAGGAUAUGGAUGCAAUCGAGAAGCUCGGCAACCCUGGUUGGAAUUGGGAGAACUUCUACAAAUACUCGAAGAAAUCAGAAAGCUUCUUCGUACCUGAGAGAGUCAGCGUAGGCGACUAUCGCGACCUGUACAAGUCAGACACGUUCGGUCAUGAAGGACCUGUCAAGCUCUCAUUCACUCAGACUAGCUCGGGAAUCGAACGCCCUGUUCAACAGAGUCUCAAGUUACUCGGGGUCGAAACUAUCGAUGAUUCUAUGAGUGGCGAGACCGUGGGUACGUUCAAAGUAGCUUCAGACCUGGACCCGGCUACCGGGAAACGAUGCUCCGCUGCAACGGCAUAUCUACUCCCAGUGAUUGACCGUCCCAAUCUGAAGGUUCUAACCGAGGCACACGUCACGAAGCUCGUGACAGAGACGUCGAAAGGCGAAGUCGUCACCACUGCGGUCGAGUUCGAACAUGGUGGGACUUUGCACAAAGUCCUUGUCGGAAAAGAGGUCAUACUCUGUGCAGGGACUAUCCAAUCCCCGCAAAUCCUGGAGCUCAGUGGAAUAGGGGACAGAAAUAUACUAGAACCUUUGAACAUUGAAGUGCAGAAGCACUUGCCAAGCGUUGGCCGAAACCUCCAAGAUCACAUAGUCUCGACGGGCCUCGUACUGGCGAUGCGCGACGAAGUGGAUCUUAUCACAAGCGAGUCGAUGACCGACGAGAAGCUCACCAGUCGCCUACGUGAGACAGAGCCCGACGCUGAUCCAACUUCGUUGUGCCUCUCAGGCUGCACUUUCUUGCCGCUGCAAGCAUUUUCGGAUCGCGCAGAGAGUACUAUUGCUCAGCUGAAGGCGAAGGUAGCCCGAGAAGACGAGCACUAUGCGCCCGGUCUGAGAGAACAGUACGAAUUGCUAUCCGAGCUCCUUGCGAACCCGCGCUAUCCGGCGAUGGAACUCUUCGUCUUCCCUUUCGACGCCGUCCCUCCAGUAGAACUCGACGGCGAUGUACGCUCGAGCAUCACUUAUUCGUCACAAAAGCCUUUCCCUGUGCUGAUGCCGUCGAUCCUGCACCCCUUGUCUCGGGGAACUAUCCACAUUUGCUCGUCCGACCCGAAACGUGCUCCAAACAUCGACCCGCGGUAUUUUGAGGAAGAGGCCGACAUGGAUGUCCUGCUUGAUGCGUUCAAGUUUACACGCAAGAUGAGCCAAAUGGCGCCGUUCCAAGUCAUAGCGGGGGCGGAGCUUGCCCCAGGCCCCAAAGCGCAGACCGAUGAGGAGAUUCGCGCACAUAUCGAGAAGAACUUACACACAACGUGGCAUUCCUGCGGAACGUGCUCCAUGUUGCCUGAGGACAAGGGCGGUGUCGUCGACAGCAAGCUGAAGGUAUACGGGACGUCCAACAUCAGGAUUGUCGACCUAUCCAUUCUCCCUCUGAUUGUCUCCGUGCAUACUCAGACUGUAGCCUAUGGUAUAGCGGAGAUGGCGGCCGACAUCAUCAAGGAACAGAACUCUGCAAACGCAUGAAUCACAUCUGCGCGCCAUGGGCUACCAAACAGUUGGGAUUCUUAUGUAUCGUAGAAUCGUGGCCGUAGUCCGAGUUGGUGGAAAUGUACUUAGCUUCAAUGUCAUAUCGUGCACGCAUUUGUUCCGAUAUGUCAUUGGGUAAAAUUGGUCGACGUCGUCCCAAAUCGUACGUCUGCAUCGAACCACA